AGAUUAAAAAUAAAACCUUAUGUCAACGCAAACAAAAUUAUGUCAAAAAUAUUUCUAAAUUUCGUGUAAAAACAAAAACAUUCACACAUUCAAUACUGCGCUAUAUUCCAUGUAAAUUAUUAGUUUAAUCAAUUACAUAAAUCAUAACGUAAUGGCUGAAAAGUGCGAUCCGAAUCUCUGUGAUAAUACUAGUUCACCUACAGAAGAUGAAAAGCCUUCCGGUAACUGGUGGGACUCGUGGAUAUCAUCUGCCAAGACAAAGUCAGCGGAAGUGUAUACAAUGGUCAAAAAGGACUUGGACGAAAUUGGUACAGCAGUGAAAAGCGAAGCCAGCCAUGUGUUCAGCUCCACUUCCAAUGUUAUUGGCAAAACUUUUAAGUUGGAUGUCCCUGAAUCACCAGCUAAUGUUAUGAAGAAAAGCUUCAGUAGUUUUAUUGGUCAAGUCAGUACAGUUCUGAACCCCGAGCCAGAUGACGAAGAUGACACAGAAGUGAUUCUUUCGUCUGGUGAUACUACAAUGCUGUCCACAUACAAGAAAGAACUCGAAGCCCUCCAGCGUGUUGAUGCAACCUACAUAGUACCAGCCUACAGUCCUGAGUUCGAAGCCUGGCGCUCCAGCUUAGAAAACUCCGAGACCAUUAUAACACCAUCGUCCGUGAUCAGGCGCUUGGACUCCAGCCCAUUGCUGAAGGCACAGUAUGACAAACUUGUCCCCGAUGCUGUUUCGCAUGAGGAGUUCUGGGAAAGGUACCUGUUCCGCGUGGCGUUACUGCAGGACCGCCUGGCGGCUGCCUCCCGCAAACAGCCGAUCGAGGAACCCACCGCAGAUCCCGUGCUAGCUCAUCUACCGCUACAGACACCGAUAGAACAAAGUCCUAAAAAAGUACUUUCCGGUAUAAACACAGAAGCAAAUGAAAAAGACAUAGACAAUGUCGUCGCUUGGGAUGAUGAAGAUUUCGCAAAUGACGUAGAACUAACAGAAGAACAGCAGACUCUACUUCUCGAAGAGUAUGAGAGAGAAAUAGCCUCGAAGAAAAUAAACAAAACGUCGUCACGCGAUAUCACAAACAAUAACAAAGAACCCAGAGACAAACUGAACAACGAGACGGAUAAAAAACAAAAAAAUAAAAUUAAAAGUCCCAUAAAGAAAACAGAUGAAUGUGGUAACAAUUUGGUAGAAGAUUACUUCGGUGAGAAGGACCAGGUUAAGGAUGACGCGAGUGCCAAUUCAGAUGAGAGCUGGGAGAAGGAGUUUGAAAUUGAAGAACCGGUGCAGCAGAAAGCCUGAUUGUUGGCGUAUAUGUCGUCUAUAUAUACACUGAAAUAGCAAUGGGAUGUAGAACGAUUACAAGAUAUAAUAUAUACAAGUCCCUUACACAAUGCAAGGGAAUAAAAGAGACG